UCUGAAGAUCUUGCAUAAAGCAGGAAUAAUUUGUAUGCACAUCAAAUUUUUGCGUGAACCUUUGAGUUGAUAUGGUGAAGAAAUUUUGAAGCAUAAAGGUUUACAGUAACACCAUGAACAAAAAGCCAAAGAAUUCAAAUAAUUUUACUGCAAUAAACACAUCGCCUCGCCCCCAAAUGGAACCAGUAAAGAACGAGAGCAGACCGCGAGAUCCGAUCAGAGAAAUUCUGGACAGUCUCUGCAACAAACCAUCGGACCCGGAUAAAAACGGCGAAGACAAUACAGCGCGAGUUACUUCAAGUGUCAAUUUGGAUAUCAGUGCUUUUACCCCUGUAACAAAACUGAACGGCCCUCUCCACCGUGUAGCAGACACAGCAAAGCCCUGCCUCCCGCCGUCUCUCGCUACAAGAGAUUUCGCGGACUGGUAUUCACAGCGUCUGUGUCACCCAGCACAUCGCCAAAGUCUUCAUAAUUUUCCGUAUUUCUUGAACUCCCUUCAGCAUCAGAACCCGUAUGUCGGUUAUUUCAGUGAUGUGUCUUCCUGGUUAUGCACUAGAUCGGACAUGAGUGCCAUCGGUCUCUAUAAUCUCAGCAAGUACCCGGCAGUUCCAAUACCACCCACCCCUCGCUACCAGUGCGACCACUGCAAAAAGAGUUACUCCACUUUCGGUGGGUUGUCCAAACACAAACAGUUUCAUUGUACCACACAGAUCAAGAAAGACUUCAGCUGUAAAUUUUGUGGCAAAUCGUAUGGUUCUCUUGGGGCUUUGAAAAUGCACAUCAGAACUCAUACACUUCCGUGCAAAUGCAAAUUGUGUGGCAAAGCGUUCUCGAGACCAUGGCUGUUACAAGGACACAUGCGCACGCAUACGGGUGAGAAACCUUUUUCCUGUGCUCAUUGCGGUCGCGCUUUUGCUGACAGAUCGAACCUUCGUGCUCAUCUUCAGACUCACUCAGAAGUAAAAAAAUACGGAUGUAAAUUUUGCAAGAAAUCUUUCUCACGGAUGUCUCUAUUGGUGAAACAUCGAGAGGGACGAGUGUGCGAGCUUUCAGUGCAGUGACACGCACUGUCAGCAUGGUCAGCUGGUGGAAUUGGACCAAUUAUGACUAUUGCGUGUGAUUUCAAUAAUAGACCACACUUUCUAAAUCAUUUAGUACUUUAGGUGCGUUUCUUGAUUUUUAAAGUACAAACAAUUUUGGUAGACGAAUUACUUAAUACUUGUAUUAGAGUGGAUAUAUAUAAAAUAAACGUACUUGUAAAAUUCUAUACAAGGUUUUUUUUUUUUUUUAUCAUUUCCAAAAAAAAAACCAAUUCGAGAAUAGAAUGUUUUAUACAUAGUAUUUGCAACAGUGUAAUUAUAUUUGGAACGUGACUGAAUUUUUAUUUAUUGGCUAGUAAAAUACAACAAAUUUAGGACUUUAUGAUAAAUAAGGCGGAAAAUUCUUCUUUGUCGCCAUCGUUUCCUUUUAUUUUAAAUUCUGGAUUGUUAAAAAAUCUUUAUUUCGCCUUUCUAUAAAUAUAACACACUUCUAGUUUAAUAUUUUUUUGUUUUAUUGUUUUUUUUUAAACGAUUCAAACUGUUAAUGGUCUAAGUGAAGAUUGCAUAAAUACCUGCACAUAUAAUGUUUCUAUGUAGUUUUUAUUUCAAUAUUUCAAACAACAUUUGAAGAAUAUACACAGUUGACCUAAUUGGGGAAUUUGUUUAUCAAUUUUAUUUAUUUCAGUACCUAUAAUAAACAAUAUGUAUAU